GGAGGUGCUGUGAUCUGCGCAUGGAAACCAUGGCGUUUACUUGGACUGUCUGACGCAGGGUACCCGAAAAAAAUAACACCGAUAUAACCAGUCAGCGCUCCAUAUUCAUAACGUUAGACCCGGAUUCUGUGAAAACUGAAAAUGGGGUCUCGGAUCAAAGAGAGCCCAGAGUCCACUUUUGAAGUAUAUGUGGAAGUGACCCAUCCUGGGACCAGCGGCUCAGAUCCUGAGGUGCGGCGGCUGUUCCCUGAGGACUACAUCGACCAGGAAACUCUUCAGACCCUGACCAAGUUCUGCUUCCCCUUCAACGCAGACAGUCUAACACUAAGUCAGGUGGGGCAGAACUUCACCUUUGUGCUGACGGACAUCGAGAGCAAACAGAGGUUUGGGUUCUGUCGUCUGUCUUCAGGAGCCCGCAGCUGCUUCUGCAUCCUAAGCUAUCUCCCCUGGUUUGAAGUGUUCUACAAGCUCCUCAACGUCCUCGCCGACUACACCACCAAAGGCCAGGACAGCCAGUGGAAGGAGCUGCUGGAAAGACUGCAUACACUUCCCGUCCCUGAGCCAGGCGUGCCUGUUCAUCUUAGUGUGCAUUCCUAUUUCACUGUGCCUGACAUCAGAGAACUGCCCAGCAUACCAGAAAACAGAAACCUAACAGAAUAUUUUGUAGCGGUAGAUGUCAAUAACAUGCUUCAUCUGUAUGCUAGUAUGCUUUAUGAACGUCGAAUCAUCAUCUGCUGUAGCAAACUAAGCACUUUAACUGCCUGCGUUCACGGUUCGGCGGCCAUGUUGUACCCGAUGUAUUGGCAGCAUGUUUACAUUCCCGUCCUCCCUCAGCAUCUCGUCGACUAUUGCUGUGCCCCUAUGCCCUACCUCAUUGGAGUGCAUUCCAGCCUAAUGGAGAAAGUGAAAGGCAUGGUUUUGGAGGACGUCGUGAUGCUCAACGUGGACACCAACACGUUGGAGACGCCGUUUGAUGAUCUUCAAAGUCUUCCUAAUGAUGUGGUGUCCGCUCUGAAGAACAGGCUGAAGAAGGUCUCCACCACCACCGGGGAUGGCGUGGCUCGGGCCUUCCUCAAAGCACAGGCCGCGCUCUUCGGAAGCUACCGGAACGCACUGAAGAUCGAGCCGGAGGAGCCAAUCACGUUCAGCGAGGAGACCUUCGUGACGCAUCGAUCCAGCGGAAUGCGGCAGUUCCUGCAGAGCGCCAUCCAGCUGCAGCUCUUCAAGCAGUUCAUCGAUGGGCGUUUGGAGCUCCUAAACUCCGGAGAGGGUUUCAGCGAUGUCUUUGAAGAAGAGAUCAACAUGGGGGAGUAUGCCGGCAGUGACAAGACCUAUCACCAGUGGCUGUCCACAGUUAAGAAAGGCAGCGGUGCCAUAUUUAACACGGUGAAGACGAAGGCCAACCCAGCCAUGAAAACAGUCUACAAAUUUGCAAAAGAUCACGCGAGGAUGGGGAUAAAGGAAGUGAAGAACCGGUUAAAACAAAAGGACAUGACCGAAAACGGGUACGCGGUAGCCGGCGAAGACGUACAGCAGCACGCCGCGGGCUCGCCCUCCGCCGAGAGGAAGGAGGUCCGGCCUCGGGAGGAGCGGCGGCCAAUCACGGUGCACUUUGGGCAGCCCGCACGAGUGCCACCCCCCAGGCCCCCACCCCCCCGGGUUCAACGCAGCGCAAGGCCCGCUCGGCCCCCGCGCCCCCUGGUGGUGAAGAGGCCCCGCAGCAACGUCGCCCUGGACGCCCGCCGCACCUCCGCCUCCAGCCCCGAGCACUUUGUCCGGCCCACGCGCCACUACACCGUCUUCCUGUCGGAGGACUCGUCGGGGGACGAGUUCCAGCAUGAGGAGGACUCUGUUUCCGGCUUCUCUGAGAACUUCCUCUUCUCUGCUCCCUUUGAAUGGCCUCAGCCUUACAGGACCCUAAAGGAGGCGGACUUUGCGGAGGCGGAGGAGGGGCAAGGGGCGGAGCGUGUCCAGGGUCACACGGCGCCCCCGAGCCCCGUGGGCGACAAGAUCACGGAGAUCAGCCUCCUGGACGACAUCUUCGGCCUGGAGGGGGAGCUGGAGAGCCAGACCCUCACGCUGGCCAAAAGCCUGGAGGACCUGCGCACUCCCAAAGACCCUGCGGACCUGAGGGAGCAGGUCAAGUUCAGUUACCAGAGGAUGGAUCUGAUUGGAGCAGAACGCACACGCACGCUGCCCACCCUCAAGCACUCGAACCCGUACAACAAGCUGUGGAGUCUGGGGCUGGACGACAUGGCCCUGCCCUGCACGUCCGCCCAGACCUGGGACAGGCCGCUGUCCGUGCCCCCGCCCGAGCCCUCGGAGCUGGGCCCGUCCGGCUCGGAGAGCCUGGCGGCCAGCCAGGACCGCGUGGACGCCGCGGGAGCCAGCCAGAGCAGCAUCACCAUCCCCCGGCCCCAGGGACGCAAGACCCCCGAGCUGGGCAAGGUCCUGGGGCCCCCCGUUCAGCUGGCCCGGGCCCCCAAACACCCCGCCCCCGCCAGCACCGACCCCGCCUCCCAGGCGGACUCGGGGGUGAGCGCGGGGGGGCAGGAGUUCCGUCAGGCUCUCAACAUGUCCCCCCUUUCCUCCCAGCGCUCCAGCCCGGAGAUCCUGAAGCCCAUCCGCGUCAGCAGCGACAGCAUGGACCUCCUCAGCCUGCUGGACCCCCUGAGCAGCGCCGAGGGCCCCCCGCAGCCCCACGGCCUCCCGCCACCGGGGGGCGCCCCCUCGCCCGGACCCGCCCUCCUCGCCGCCAUCAGGGAAGAUUCCGGCGCCCCCCCUCACCCGUUCCCCCCGCAGCGGGUCUACCCGCAGGCCCUGCCCCCGUUCCCGCACAUCUCCCUCAACCCCUUCACCCAGUCGCUGCGCUACCCCCCCGCGGCCCCCCCGCACAGACACUACCCCGCGCCGGUGGGGAACCCCUUCAGCGCCGCCUACAUGGCCCCCCCCGGCUACUUUCAGACGUCCCCGUACGGCCCCCCCGCCGGACUGCCCGCGGUCUACCGGCAGCCCUCCCCGGGGGCCCCCGGGUUUCUGCAGCAGAGCCCCGUCCAGGCCCGCCCCGCCUUCCCCCUCAGCGGCACCCGCCGGGCAUGCCAGACCGCCCGCCCCGCCCGCCCCGUCCCGCCCCCGCCCCCUGCCCCCGCGAGACGCCGCCGGCCUUGCCGAAGCCCCCCCACGGCGGGGAGGACGCCCGCGACAGGGCCCCGCAGGAGCCCCCCCAGGACCCCUUCGGCGACCUCCUGCCUGUGACCAAACCCGCCGCUGCCCCCAAGAGGCGGGUGGAUGACCUGCGCCGGCGGUGGGAGACGUUCGACUAGCGCUCGCCCGCCACCGUCGGAGAGACGCUCUGCUGACCGGCGACAGACUUUUGAGAGUCAGGGGAACUCAGAGUGAGGUCCUGAGGGGAGGGCUGCUUCCCUACCGCCCCCCCCCCUUCCCCCAUUGGUGGGCCAGAUGGUCACAUGACCGCCUUCCCCGCCCCACCCACCUCCCCUUCCCCCUGUGUUUAUAAGAGCCACUUUUCCCUCCUCCUCACAGGAAAUCAAGACUGAGCCCGGCCCCUCCGCGGUACGCACACGCCCCCCGCCGGCGUGUUUCUCACGGUACUUUUUCGCAGGUUCCGCUUCUCCUCUGCCACUUAUUAAUGUUCGCUUGUGCUGGAGUCGGUGAGCGCGUGCGUGCGUCGGCCCCUAGACGGCGGCCCGAGGUUCGAGGCUUCCGGGACCGGGGGUGUCCGGGAAGCGCCCUGCUUUCGGUAGCUUCUGAGUAAAGCUUCACUGCACAGCUCCUUAGUAGAACAGCUAGCAUACUGCCUUUCAGCGCCUCCCUCUUGUCGUUUUUUUCAGCUUACGGCGUGCAGAUCGACGGUCCGCCGCGAACUGCGUAGUUCUCCUUACAGUUUCCGUAGAUAUUAUUCGACAGAAGAACACCUUGCUCUCCCGUGACGGACUUUUUUUUAAACGAAGAACAAACACGGAUACUUUGGUGUUUUUGUUUUUUCUCUCUCUCCCUCCGCGGAACUGAGGACGAGCAGACCCUUUCGUAUCUGCGUCGAGCAGGCAAUUCGACCAAAAUGUUGACAAAAAGCAAGUGACCUUUUUUUCAGGAGCGUGCGCGCUAGGGGUGGGGGAGAACAGUGCUGGUGUCACUUAACGUUUGUGUGUCAUUAUGCAAAUUCGCUCUCCUCUUUUUCUUCAAAAAAACGCUCACGGCGACUCAUCCCGCUCUGUUUUAUCAGGCUUCAAAGACUAAACCGGCCGCUUCGGAAUUCAUCGUUGUACAGUUUUACUCAUCGUAUUACCAAAUGGAAAGUGCAAACACUUAUUAUUGUGUAAAUCAUGGUUGUGACACAAUUUGUGUUCCAUUUAAAAUGAUCACUCCUCCUCUGUGUUCUGUUCAUUCCGGCCUUGUAGAGUAGGACUUGUCACCAGAUUGCUAAUGUAUUUUUUUUUUCGUUUGUUUGUUUGUUUCUUUUCAUUUUGCCACGCGUUCUGUUUACUUGUGUCUUUAGGACAAUCAUUGGCUACUGAGAUACGGACUUGGAGAAUUGUGCUCAUUUUUAUACUCGUGCUGCUAAAGUGAAUUCCCUGAACCCACCCCCGUCAUUAUAAGGUUGUGUGUGACACGAAAGGGCACCUAUGGCCGAUGUAUGGAAAUCCAGCUUUCUUUUACCUUCACGGUGGUCAUUUAACCCUCAUGCGCAUAAGCACAUGUAUCUGUGUGUGCCUGUGUGUGCGUGUGUGUGUGUGUGUGUGCGUGUGUGUGAGUGUGUGUGUGUGUGUGUGUGUGCGUGCGCGAGAGUUUACGCCGACUUAAAUAUCUUGCUUUCAUUUUGGUAUUAUAAUAUGAACAUUUUGGAAAUUGCUCAGUUUCUAGGACAUCUCUCUGGAAUUUCUCCGUUAUUUCUCUGGAAUUUACUGUGGAACAAAAACCCAUUCGUGAAAGAAAACCCAUUACAGAAUCUUUCAACCUUUAGGUCUCCUCUUUCUUUUCUCAUUAUUCUAAUCAUAAUAGCAAGAUUUACAAGAAUAAAUAUCAAUAGCAGAGCUUACACUAUUACCCUUACCCUGGUACACACCUGCUUCUACUCAAGGGAUUCAAUAUAUGGCAAUAAAUUGCAGCAUGUAGGGACUGUGAAACUGCAGUACCCGAGUACUGCCACAUGGGGGGGGCUUUGAGAUUCAUGGUUCAUUAUCCAACUGAUAAUAUGUCAUCCAUGAGCUCAUCUGCUUGUGUGUGAUGCUGGAGGUGUUUGUUGAUGAAAUGAUGGGGGUGGGACCUUGUUCUGUCUCAUGACCGAAUCGACUGCAUAGACUGAACACUUGAGCACUGGACAUGAUUCUCCAUGUUAGAGUUCCCUGAAAAACGAUGGCUCAUUCUAACUCGCAAAGGUUUGUUUCUCUCAUCCUCUCUCACCACAGCCGCCCACUGAGCUGUUGUGCUUAUGGAUUUCAAAUAUAAAGCGGCGAAACAAUGUACAUUCUCACCAGUAAUCAAAAUAUUAAAGUUAACAGCUCAGCUUUGUUCUCAGUUCCUGCUGAUAUGGUUUGUUUAAUUGUGUACAGUACGGGGUGGGGUUUAUUAUUGUUAUUUUAAUCUUUUUUUUUUUUUUUUAGUAUAUAUGGAUUUAAACUCUUUGAAAUAAUUGCUGUUAUGUAUAAAUGUGCAUAUACAUCUAUAAAAUUUAUUUCCAGUUGGAAAGUGUACACUAAGACCACCACGGUAAGUUUAAAUUCAGUCAGGAACCAGGAGCGAUUAAUCGUACGCUAGGGCAAUUGGACGGGUAGUGUGUUUUGGCUCUGUGUCUCUGUACAGUGUUUUUUUAUUUAUUUAUUUAUUUCUAAUGGCAUGCAGUCAUAUUCCUUAUAUGUGUAAGAGGAUGAUGUGCUUGUACCUUCUCCCUGGAAUACAGGGAUGCGUUGUGUAAACGAGUGGUAGCCAACAGGGAUGCUGGUUUUCCUUCAUGUUUGUUCUGAAUGAUUUGAUUCAUAUUAAUGCUGGAAUAGAACUCUGGCACUUCUGACUGGAUUGGUUUUAAUACUCGAAGGGAAUUUGUUGCAUACUGGAUGAAUCAAUACCUUUUAAGCCUAGAACUCAAACUUGGCCUACUUCUUAACAAAUGAGUGUGUUAAGUUUCUUAUCAAAAUUGAGUCUAUUGUAUACUGGAUCCGCAUGUUCAUUUUAAUAUUUGAACUAUAUGUUGGAUCGGACAGUUAAUUUAAUUGUCAGAACCGAGGUACUGCAUUGAGCCUGUUCGUUUAAUAAUACUAAAAGUUCAGUUUUAGUUGCCGUACGGUAAUUCAGGCUGAAAAGUAGAAGUGUGUUUUUCCUCCGUCCGACGGUCUGCAUUUCAGGCAAGACGGCGUAUCGUGAGAUUACACUGAUCCUCCUCAGUGUGCUCCACCGCGCAGGUGUGAUCCUCCUCAGUGUGCUCCACCGCGCAGGUGUGCUCCACCGCGCGGGUGUGGUCCUCCUCAGUGUGCUCCACCGCGCAGGUGUGAUCCUCCUCGGUGUGCUCCACCACGCGGGUGUACAUGUCUGGCCAGGUCCGUGACUGAGAGUCUCAGCUUUAAAUUUUUUGAGUCAGAGCAGUGAGUGUUACAGUACCUGGUGAGAGUCACUUAAACUCUGGAAAGAUGCUGCAAAAAUAGUGAGCGUGAAGUCGUGUCUAAAAAGUUGCCUUACCAUAACAGACACAGUUUAGGGACUCGUACCAUGCCAAAACAAUAUGCCACUGAGUGUCGUACGAUGUGUUGACUCUGUUAUUGCUUUGUCAGUUAUCAUUUCAAGCUUUUUUUUUUUUUUUUAGAGAGUAUAUAAAAAAAAUGGCUGUGAAAUUAUAUGCCCUCUGUUGUAAUAUUAAGCACUUUGGAGUUUACUUUGGGGGAUAUGUUUUUUUUUUUGUUGUGCACCAGUAUUGAAUGGCAUGAUUUUAGCCUCACGCUGUCAUGGUUUGUCAUGCACUUUGCUCUUGUUUAUGUGUGAUUAUGAAUAUGUUACUCUGCGUUUGCUUCAUGUUUGCAGUGGGCCUUUCUGCUUCAGAUUUAUUUGAAUUUUUUUUUUUCGUUUUGUUUUUUUGUUCGUUUGUUAUUUCCUCUGUGGACCAACUGUGACAGGUCCUGAAAGAUGUAUAUUAUGUUUGUUUACUGCUGCAAUUGUCAGGUCUCUAUCAUUUCCUCCACGCCGUCCUUUAGCAUAUUUGAUGGACCAGUCCCAUUUAUAAGCACUUUCCCCUAUCAGAGGGUGUGAUAUGCAGGUCACGACUUUUUCCGUGUUACAAUAUUUAUUUACAGAACACAAACUUUACUUCCAGCAGUGACGCUGCCCACGUGAUACCGGAAAGGACACAGUCACCUUUGACCUCACAGUAUUUACAAGACAUCCCCCAACUGCUGUCAGGUUAUUGAAUUCACAAUAAUGAGUACAUGAAAAAAAUAAAGUAAGCAUUUUCCUUGA